GCAAGAUUUUCAUAAGCAUUUUUAUUGGCUUAUUGUGCAAAUAUAUUUAUUUAAGAAUUUUGCAAAAAUUUUACAUAGAUUUGAGAAAAUUGAUUUUUCAUUUAAAGUUGUAAAUAAUUGUUAGGGAUAUUCUUACAGUAAGUAGUUUUAAAAGAAAAAAAAUAGCAAGUAUAAUAUUAUCUACCUUAAUUGUUUUGCUAAAACGUGGAUUCCGUUGUAAAAAUGGCUACCUGUGAGGAUCAAAGUGUUAAUGAAUAUAAAAUUGAUGUUCCUGCAAAUAACACGUAUGACUUUGAAAGUUUGCUUAAUGUAGAUUAUUCAUCAACAGAAAACAGUGAGACCGAUACAGAAGAUGAAUUUAUACCUGAAAUGAUGUCCCAAUGGGACUGUAGUGAUAAACGUUUACAAUCACCAGCUAAUUCAAAUUCGAACAAAAUGAAAGUAGAACGCCGCCCAACAAGAAAACCUGAUCCUAAAACUUGUAAUAGAAAUGCUCUGAUGGCGAGGGAAAAUCGCAAAAAGAAAAAGGAAUACGUUCAAAGGCUUGAAAACAGCAUUUUACAAUAUUUAAAAACUCAAAAAAACUUGCAGAAAGUAAUUAAAAAGCAAGCUAAAUUUAUACAAAAGAUUCAAAAUGAGAAACGUUAUUAUAAAAAUAUUUUAUCUAACAAAUCCGAAAUUCUGUCGCUGGUUAACACAAUUAAGCAAACAUCAAAUAUACCGAAAUCAUCUUGUUCAACUAAAAGUAGAGAAACUCCAGAAACUUCACCAACUUAUAGUGGUGAUUGCUUCAGAAGUGAUUCAUUUUCUUCAGAAACAGACUAUCCAAAUUUAUUCGAUGAUAAUUUAAAUGAUUAUAAUUCCAGUGCACUACAUGAUAGCUGGGAUAACUUAGAAUAUAAUAAUUCUAUAUUUUCCGACAGAAUAUGUGACGAAAAGGGGAGAUGACCAUUGUUUUCACUUGGUCUUACAAAAAAAGCGUUUGAACAUAACAAGAUUUUGCUUGAAGUGUGUUAACACAUUGGCUAAGUAUGAAAAAAAUAAAGUAAAAGUAUCGUUCUGAAAUUUAAAAAAAAAAAAAAAAUGGCGAAUAUAUUUGUUUAUAAAAAUACUUUUAAUACUUUUCGGCAGUUUCAGGUUUUCGUUUUGGAUAUAUUUUUAACAAGCCAAAGCUGCAAGUCAUUUGAAAAGAACCUGAUUUGAAUGGUACGUAUUCUACCCUACUCCUAAAUUUUUGUUUUUUAAUAUGAAGGUGGAAAGAAGGAUCGAAUAUUUUUAUUAAUGUAGAAACAAUAUGUUUUAUUUAAUUUAAAAUAUUUGCAAAUCUAAUAAAAAUAUAUAAUAUAAUUUUUAAGGAAGCAAAAGUA